UGCUUAAGUGCUGUUUUGAAAACUAAAACCAUAAUUUUUGCAAGAUUUUAGUAUGUACAGAGGUUUAGCUAGCUCUGGAACAAGAUAACGUACCUUCAGAUUAUUCAUACAACAAGAUAUGGUGAUAACACUUUUUUGAUCAGGCGUUUAAACCAGCUGCCAAUCGGGGUCCUGAAGAGGUCCGAAUUCAAAGCGGAAUUCGACGCCUCACGACAACAGAAAGGAGGAGAAUUGGGACGCAGCAUUUUUACUACGAAAUCUUACAUUUCCGACGUAUUUGUGAAACCAGAGGAAAGUUUUCAGAAAGGUCUGUUUUUACGUGCAAAUUACUCGGAAUGAACUUAUAUAUUUACGAAUGUUUUAUGCACGAGGCCAAUGUCUCUAACAUCUCCAGUUCACACAAACAGUGAUUGACACCUUCAGUGAAGCUCCUCCUACAUCAAUCCACCAAUAAAUACCAGAAACCAACAAGCAGAAGAAUCACUUCAGGUGUAAGAACUGAAAUCUUCACACUGUUGUUGGAGUUACUGGAAGAGAAGCUUGAGAACACGAGAGAUCCAGAACUACACAGAACACAAACUGAGGGACUGAAGAACACAGAGAUAUGAUGGAAGUGAAUAAGGACAGUCAAGAUGAAGUAAAAGAUGAGAAACAUCAACAUGCACAAAAAUUCCAGAAAGUUUCACAGAAAAAAGCUCUGAGAACAGGAGACAAAAAGAGCGAUAAGCACCAGACCAGAGUGAAAGCAUUUGCAUGCCUAAAGUGUGGAAAGAGUUUUACAAAAACAAGUCACCUUAAGACACAUAUGAGAAUUCACACUGGAGAGAAACCUCACGGAUGUCUACAGUGUGGAAAGAGUUUUACACAUUCAGGAAGCCUUCAGUCACACAUGAGAAUUCACACCGGAGAAAAACCUCACGGAUGUCUAGAGUGUGGAAAGACUUUUACACAUACAAGUCAUCUUAAAACACACCUGAGAAUUCACACUGGAGAGAAACCUCACGCAUGUCUACAGUGUGGAAAGAGUUUUAGACAAACAGGAAGCCUUCAGUCACACAUGAGAAUUCACACUGGAGAGAAACCUCACUCAUGUCUACAGUGUGGAAAGAGUUUUACAAACACAAGUAACCUUACGACCCACAUGAGAAUUCACACUGGAGAGAAACCUCACGCAUGUCUACAGUGUGGAAAGACUUUUACAAACACAAGUAACCUUACGACCCACAUGCGAAUUCACACUGGAGAGAAACCUCACGCAUGUCUACAGUGUGGAAAGAGUUUUACAAACACAGGUGACCUUAAGAAUCACAUGAGAAUUCACACUGGAGAGAAACCUCACGCAUGUCUACUGUGUGGAAAGAGUUUUAUACAUACAAAUAGCCUUAAAACACACAUGAGAAUUCACACCGGAGAGAAACCUCACGCAUGUCUACUGUGUGGAAAGACAUUUACACAAACAGGACACCUUAAGACACACAUGAGAAUUCACACUGGAGAGAAACCUCAUGCAUGUCAACAGUGUUGAUAGAUCUGGAUAGAAACAUAAAGUUGUUUCUUGUUUUAUUUCAUUUUAUUAUUCUAUUUCAUUUAUCCCAUUUAUUACAAUAGUCAUCUAUCAUAUGUAUUCGUUCAUAUAUUUUAUUAUUCACUUCUAUUCGUAUUAUUUGCUCCUUACUUUCCUUUUGUUUAACCUCGUUGAGAGUUGUAUUGUGUCUUAUGCUGAUAUGAGUAUCUGUUGGUCUCCAUCUCAAGGUUCAUAAUAAUUUUAUAAGACAAUGUUUUGAUACUGUAAUCUUGAAUGGUUAAAAUCAAAUAUUGAAUCUGUUUCUAGUCAGACGAAGUUUGACAGAUCUUGACUGAGCAUCAACACACAACUGAGAUUAUUCAAGAAAUCAUUUGUCUGUCUAUUUAACAUCACUUCGUCUCCUGCCUGCUGUUCUUCCCUUCAGCUCUAUAUCUCCCUGGUGGUUGGGUUAAAGGAUUGACUCACAACGGAGUUGAUAAUUCCAGGUUUAAUUUGUUCUUGACGGAGAGAGAUCUAGUGAAGCUGGACUCAAAGCUAAGAUCUACAAGUCAUGUCUCAUAUUUGGAUCUAUCAGUGUGGAAAGAGUUUUACAAACACAAGUAGCCUUACGACCCACAUGCGAAUUCACACAACGAGGGGACAAACAGUGAAAACAAAACACUUCCCAUGAGGGGACAAAACAAACAAAACCCAAAAAAUCUUACAAAAUUACCUCAUUAUUACAGGUCAGACACAGGGUGAGAUACAAAACACUAUGCAGGAUGUAAGAAAGAUUCAAUUUCAGACAAGAACAAAGCAAAUUGAACCAACACAGGACAGAAAACACAAGGCCAUUAAAUAGGGAAACUAACAAGGCAUAAUAACAAUGGACUGAUUUGGGGAAUCAGACACUGACGGGAUUCUAAUGAGGGCUAAGAGAGCACAUGGCAUAUUAAAGGAAAAUAAAAUGGAUAUUAUUUAGCAAGACAGAAAUAAAGACAAUUAUUAAAGGUGCAACUAUCAGCAAAUGGCAAGAUAAAUGGAACAAGGAAAACCAGGGAGAACAUUUGAUAAAAUCCAGAAGGAAGUAGAAAAGAUGAGGAUAGGGGGCAAAGAACUAAAGAGGAAUAUACAAUAUCAAGAUUAAGACUGGGCCAUACAAGCAGAGCCAAUCCAGCCCAGGCCUUUAAGCAGAAUUUUAUUUGGGGUUCCCCUAUGGCCCCAAUACAACCCACUUUUGUCAAUGUUUGAUUACUUGCAUGCACACAUUAGGUCUAACACACCCUAAUUCUAGAAGUUGUAGCUGUGUUUGGCAUGUAGGAAUGUUAUAAAAACAAAAACACUUAAACCGUGCAUUAAAAGGUUACAUGAGUGUCAAAACAUUUGAUCGUUUUUAUUACAUCCAAUUGUAGGGGAACUGCCCUUUAAAUGAUGAGCACAGACCAUAAUAAGGUGGUGGAUGCAUUUAAAUUCAAUGCCUUUAACUAUUUGCAAAUGUUUUAUUAAAAAAAUAUUUUUUUAACUUAACCAUGACCUAUAGACCCCCUUUUAAAACCCCACAGCCCUUGAACUGUGGUAAGUUACCACUCUGGUAAAGAGGAUAACAUUAUGAUGUACAUCUCCCUCCUAAAACGUGUUUGAAGGAUACAUCAUGAUAUAUACUGUAUGUUUUUCUAUUAAAAAAAUUAAAAGGCUCUCUGCGCAAAUAAAUCCUAAUAUUCUGGGCCAGAAAUAUAACUGUAGCGAGCGCAGGUCCGAUUAAAAUAUAUAGUAGCAACCAAGAAAGGGGACGGUCUAAAAAAAGGUUAUAACAUGUGAAACCUGAUUGGCGGAAACUGAAAAACAACAUGAUUUCUGUAUGAAGUAUGCAGUCAGAUGUGUGUUUGUCCGAUCACUUCAGAUGAACUCUAAAUAUCUCACUUUGCCCGCUCGAGCAAAUAAAGAUUGAACACUUAGCAUCUGGAA